AUGCUGAUGUACACAAGUCUACGUCCUGACAUGUUUCUUGCCAUUGAUGAAAUGAUGCAGAGGUUCCAGAUAAAGUAUAUUGAUGGAUGGACACCAUCUUUCAUUUCCUUGACUGACCAAUUGUUGAUGACUUUAAUGAAACUGACAAUGAACACCCCAUUUUUGGACCUAGCUGAGAGGUUCAACACUAGUGCGUCAUCUGUAAAUAACAUUGUAACUUCUCAGAUUUGUGCAUUGCAUGAAGUUUUAUAUGAAGGACUCGUAGAGAGUCGCAUUCCUUCUCUCCAAAAGUGCAAGGGGUCUAUGCCUAUAAGUUUUGGGGAUUUCAGUUCAUGUAGAAUAGUACUUGAUGCGACGGAAAUCACCCAGGAUGUUCCAGGGAAUGACAUGAGAUUGCAGGCCAGCACAUAUAGUGGAUACAAAAAUUCACACACUGUUAAAAGUGUUACAGGUGUUGCACCAAAUGGUGCUUUGGUAUUUAUUAGUAAAUUGUACCCUGGCAGCACAUCUGAUGUUGCAAUUGUAGAACAUUGUAAGGUCUUAGAACAGUUAGCACCAGGUGAUAUGAUCUUAGCAGACAAAGGGUUCACUAUUCACAAGUUGUUGCCCCAAGGAGUACAUUUAAAUAUUCCUCCCUUUCUCACAUCUAAAUCCCAGUACACCCCCAGUGAGGUCCAGCUAUGUAGAAAAAUAGCCAAGUCUCGCAUACAUGUUGAAAGAGCAAAUGAACGCAUUAAAAAUUAUGAAAUUUUAAGGCAUGUCCCUCAGCAAUUUAGAUACAUUUCUACAAAAGUCUUUCAAUUAUGCUGUGUUUUAGUCAAUUUUCAGGAUCCUCUCAUGCAAGAAAUUGCUCAGAAUUUUGCAAGUGUAGACAACUAA